AUGGUGGCGCAACCUCCAAAGGGCACCGCGCCGGAACAAUCCACUCGGGUGCCCUCAACACACAUCGGCCUCGACGAUCAAGAGCUGGCCGAGGACGACGUGCCUCCCCCUGCCUACGGCGAAUAUUAUGGCGAGAUUCACGAUGAAAAGAAUGGCACGGGGACCAGUGCCCAGCUCACCGAUGAUGGCCGUAUCGCCAUUCGCAUCAAUCACUUCAGUCGCCAACUGUCCCGGCUUAUUGCCCCCCCUCCACAUGUCGAAGACAGUCGUCCGCUCCCUCCCCCAUAUAUUCCUCCUUCCCUGCGAGGUGACCCGUCAGCCCAUCUCCCUCCGCCCUUGAACAUAGUCAUCCAGGUCGUGGGCUCUCGUGGAGAUGUGCAACCCUUCGUUGCCUUGGGAAAGGUCUUGAAAGACGUCUACGGCCAUCGUGUCCGUCUGGCCACUCACCCCACCUUCCAGGACUUUGUUCAGCAGCACGGCCUGGAAUUCUUCAGCAUUGGCGGCGACCCGACCCGGUUGAUGGCCUUCAUGGUCAAGAAUCCCGGCUUGACGCCGGGCUUUCGUGGCGUGCUGAGCGGAAAUGUCGGCCAGCAAAGAAAACAUGUUGCCGAAUAUAUUCAGGGCUGCUGGCGGUCCUGUUACAGAGCCGAUGAUGGAACUGAUGAUGAUAACCUUUCCGAGUCCUCUUCAGGAAGCGAUUCUGGCUCAGCAAACCACUUUGUUGCCGAUUGUAUCAUCGCCAACCCCCCGAGUUUUGCCCAUAUCCAUUGCGCAGAGAAGCUCGGCAUCCCGCUCCAUAUCAUGUUCACUAUGCCAUAUUCCCCUACCCAGGCCUUUCCUCAUCCGCUGGCCAACGUUCAAGCCUCGAAUGCCGACCCUCAACUUACCAAUUACAUCAGCUAUGCCCUAAUCGAACUACUCUCAUGGCAGGGCCUCGGUGAUAUCAUCAAUCGAUUUCGUGUAAAGUGUCUCGAUUUGGAUCCCGUAAGUACCAUCUGGGCCCCCGGGAUGCUUCAUCGUCUGAGAAUCCCCCACACCUACUGCUGGUCUCCGGCCCUGAUACCCAAACCGAACGACUGGGGCUCUCACAUAUCUAUCUCCGGAUUCUACUUUCUCGACAUGGCCUCUGAUUACACACCUGCCUCUGACUUACAAGCAUUUCUCAACGCCGGUCCACCUCCCAUCUACUUGGGAUUUGGGAGCAUCGUGUUGGACGACCCCGACACGCUGACGGAACUCAUUUUCGCCGCCGCGAGGAAGACUGGCCAACGUGUGCUCCUUUCAAAAGGCUGGGGAGGUAUGGGCGCCGAUCAGCUGCGUAUCCCCGACGGCGUCUUCAUGCUCGAUAACGUACCGCACGACUGGCUCUUCCACCAUGUCUCGUGCGUCGUGCACCAUGGUGGUGCCGGAACCACGGCGGCAGGCAUCGCCGCAGGCCGGCCGACUGUGGUCGUUCCCUUCUUUGGAGACCAGCCUUUCUGGGGCGCCAUGAUCGCGCGAGCAGGCGCCGGCCCCGAUCCGAUCCCCCACAAACAACUCACGGCAGACAACCUAGCCGAGGCCAUCAACGCCUGUCUAACCCCCAGAUGCCUGGAGCGCGCCAGAAAACUCGCAAGCAAGAUCGCGGCAGAGCGAGGCAGCGACACUGGUGCUCAGUCGUUCCAUGAAUUCCUCAACCCUGACCGGCUCCGCUGCACUCUCGCACCAUCCCGACCUGCUGCGUGGCGGGUCAGGCGCACCAAGGUCAGGUUGAGUGCUUUUGCUGCCUGUACUUUGGCGAAUGCAGAGCUGUUGGAUCUCGAUGACUUGAAGCUCUUCAGACCACAAGAGCAUUACACCGACGAGGGUCCCUGGGAUCCGAUCUCCGGUGGUUUUACAGCAUUUGUGAGGGCUUUCAGCGGCAUGACAAUGGGGCUAGCUAGUGUUCCUUCGGAGACGUGGAGAGCUUUACAGAUGCCGGCUGCGCGGAGCCGACAGCAGUCCCAAGCAUCGGCAUCGGCAUCGGCGUUGGCAUCGGCAUCGACGACGACGACCGCGAGCAGGAGUGAGGUCUGGCCUGUCGUGGAAAGAUCGGAUUCGUCGAUUUCAUCUAGACGAAGUACCAGGCAGAGCUUUGUCAGUGAGGACUCUUCUCCCACUCUUGCUCGGAACCCUUCCAGCCUCUCUGGUCGGUCAACUCGACCUUCGAACGUGCCCAGACAAGAUUAUCCUGGCCGAGGUCCAUCCCGCAGUCGGACUGAAUCUGACGCCGGCAAACAACCCGACAUCCUCCGUCCGACUGGCGUGCAUGUGAGCAAAGGCGCCGGGCGUUUCGCCAGGGCGGUUGUGCAAGGACCCGUGGAUAUUUCAGUGAAUUGGACGAGAGGCUUUCACAACAUGCCUAGGCUUUGGGGAGACGAUACCGUACGCCCUCAAGAAAAGGUUAGCGAUUUCAAGUCAGGCGUCAAGGCAGUAGGAAGAGAGUUUGGCUAUGGCUGGUACGAUGGCGUCACUGGCCUGGUCACCCAGCCCUGGAGAGGCGCCCGGAAAGGGGGUGCCAGCGGCUUUGCGAAAGGAAUUGGCAAAGGACUCGGGGGAUUUAUCGCCAAGCCAGGCGCGGCGUUUUUCGGUAUCCUGGGGCAUACGAUGCAGGGGGUCAACAAAGAGGUGCAGAAGUUGUUCGGCAGUGAUGUGCAGAGCUAUAUCAUCUCAUCUAGGGCAACUCAGGGUUAUGAGGAGUGGCUGCGGGGCUCCGAAGCGGAAAAGCAAGACGAAAAAGAAAAGGAAAAGGAGAUCCCUAACGAGGUAACGCGAGAAGCCCAGGAAGUAUACCAACAGACGAACUCGGGCAGCAGUGCAGAUGCUUGGACCCAAGAUCCCACCAGAACCACGUUCGACAUGGGUGGUGUUUCACAGUCAUCUCUGUGUUCUACCAACACAAGAUCGUGGGAUGCGGCUGAAGCCACGUCGAACGGAGACGCAGCACAUGAUGACGACGACAUGGAACUCGUGUCUAGACUCCAGUCCCCACGGCAUGUUCACCAGACAGAUCGGGGUCUGCGUGACGAGAAAACGCCUCAGGAGAAGACGGAAGAAGAGGUUGUGAUAGAGUACAUCAAGAAGCAGAGUCUGUUGGAAGUGCAACACCAACACAAAGGUAAGGGUCGUGAAACAGCGAUAGAGGAUGAGGACGAUGAGAACGAUGAGGACUUGCAGAAAGCGUUGAAGUUAAGCAUGCAAGAAGAACACGAACAUCGGUACUGA